GCAGAAAGAAAGUAAGUGGUUUGAAUGGCUGUGAAUGUGUUGAGUUUGGAACUGUGGAACCUUGUGUUAUUAAUACUUCCACCACCUAAAAGGCCUUUUCCCCAUGUCCAAGACCCUAGCCAAUCAUCUGAUCCUGUGUCUAAGACCUCUGGAUUAGUUAGUGGUGACAUCCCUUGUGUGAACUCUAACAUUUAGAGGUUUUCAUCAUGGUGAAGAGACGUUAGGGAUUGAGAGAAGAAGCAUGCACAUUUUUCGCAUCAAAUUGUCCUGACCCCACUGGUCGAGAUUGAGCGAUUCAUUUUAUCAUAUACUCUAUACUCUUUACCCCGGUGAGGACCUAGAUUGCUCGUUCUUAAUUCUGAUGUCUUGAGUGUUAAUGGUCAAAAGCCAGUAUGAUUCACGUGUUGUGUGCCGAUAUGAUAUGUCCCCAAGGGUCGCAAGAUUUAAAAUGUUUUGAGCUGGCCUUGUUCUGACUUGGUUUGCUUGGGGACAAGCAAACGGUUAAGUGUGGAGGAAUUUGAUGACUUGAUAUAUUCACGUGUUUUCGUCCACCAUUCUUAUACCGUUUGAGUAUUCUUUCUCAUGUUUUAGGCCGAUUUCACGCUAGGUUGUUCUUGUUUGUGAUAUUUCAGGUCCUAGUACGUGAAUGAAGGUACGGGCAUGAAUUCGGGGUCGAUUGGACGAAUUCGGGACGUUCGGUGAGAAGUUAAGGAAUCCACACGGCCAUACCUAUAAGCCACACGGCCAUGUGGCGUGGCCGUGUGAAACCCUUUGGCGCGGCCAAACCAUACUGGCCGUGUAGUGGAACCAAGGUGGCCAUGUGGAAUGUCUAGAGUUGUCAUACGGCCAGGUCAGGAUUUGACACGGCCGCGUGGUCCUGGCCAUGUGACGUGUAUGCACUCAGUUAAAUGAAAUGCGGCGUUAUACGCCGCCACACGGGCAGCUGGAAUUUUCACACGGUCGUGUGACCUGGCCGUGUGGUCGGGAAGUUCUGGGUUUUAACCCAAUUUCGGGUCUUUUAAGAUGGGAUCGAGUUUUUGAGCAAAAAACAAAGCCCUAGAGAGAGAAAGUGCGAAGAACACAUCCUAGAGGUGAUUUUGGAGCUAGGUUACAUCAAUCAAGCUUGGAGAACAUCAUAGGAGUGAAGAUCAUCAUCCCGGAGCAGAUUAUCCUCAUCGUUAUGAGUAUGACUACUCUGAUUUCUAUUUUCCUCUCUCUCUCUCUCUCUAUGGAGUAGAACCCUCUAUCACUUGGGUAUGAAGAACCCUAGUUCCGUGUGUUAGGGAUCUUGAUUGUAAUGACUUGGGAUUGUUAUACUGAUUGUUUUCAAUCGAUUGAUGCAUGAUUCAUUGAUUCAAUUAACGUUUGAUCAUCUUUUCUUGAUUUCUGCUGCAACCUGAGAUAGAUAGAAUCUGAUUAGGUUGUUAGAGCUUCAUCAAUCGGUAGUGGUAGAUUGAUUAUACGAGAUUUAAUCGAUUUACUGCUUUGUACUGGAAUCUAAUUCCAAUAGUGGAGUUCUGUGUUCAUAGCCUCAGCUUUCUAUCCCAGUGAAGACUAGUCAUCUGCCGGGUAGUUGGACAAAGAGGGCUUGGUCAGCUUAAGAGAUUCCAAGCUACUGUCGGAUCUCCCGCAGUUUAAUCAAUAGUGAAUCAACCCAGGGUAAUUACAACCGUGACCUAACUAAGGAGCUAGGGGGACUCAUUCCCGAGUGACUCUUUCCUUGCUAAAGAACUUGAACCAUUUCCUGCUUUCUUACUGCGUUUAGUUGAAAUCACAAUCACUCGACUUAGUUUGCUAGAUAGUAGAUAAACACGGAGUAGGCAGUAGAUCUAGACCCCGGGUUGACAAAUACAGCUUGCCACUUUACUGCAUUUCCGGACUGCGAUUACACUUGGUCUCAGUUUGGUGUUGUGUUUUAGCAUGUCAGUAAUGCUCUGCGUCUGUAUACUCAUGAUACUGGUCGCUAUUAUCCUUCUGAGUUCCACUCUGGCAGACUUCCUAAUGAUCUCAAAUUUCUGCACUUCUAUAUAUCUCGACUCUUUCUGCCUAGGUCUCAUGUCCUCACCACAAUCUAUCCUUCGAAUAUGUGGAUUCUUGCUAGUGCCAAGGAGAAUCGAGUUAUAAGCUAUCCUCACCUUAUGUUCGAUCACAUGCUGAACUAUCAUGCUGACAACUAUGAUGUUGAGCUUCCCUUUGCCCCACACAUCACCCAAAUUCUGUUGGCCUUAGGUUUGGAUUUGCGCUUUAAGGUAGCUCGUGUGGAUAUACUCAAUUCUCUCCGUGCUCAGUUCGUCCUGCGUAAGGUAGAUGCGUCUGUUGGUCGUCGUCACCCUCUGGUCAAUGCUCCAGGGGGAGGAGAAGCUGCUCAUGCAGUUCCUUCACAUGAGGAUGGAGAUGAGGAUGGACUCAGCCUUGCUGAAUUAGGUGGGGAUGAAGCAGAGGAAGAACCAAAAAUAGCAGAUCUGGUUGGAGCGGUCAGAGACAAUGGUAAACGACCAAUGAUGCAUCCCUUGGAGGCUAUUCAAGUCAUGUUCAGGCGGGAGGAGGAAGCAAGCAGCAGUGGGAAUCUGAUGAUGGAGGAUGAAGAUGCCAUAUCAGAUUAUGUUCCAUCUCCAAAAUAUUCAUUUUAGGGUGAAUAGUAAUCUUAGGGGGAGUUUGCUUAGGAAAGGGUGUUUCAUGAUAUGUCUGAGAUUAAGUUGGUAGCUUCGCGAAGAGUCAAUCAUAGAGUCUGUUGUGUUGAUGCUUUAAUUAAGCUCUGUCUGUCUGAGCUCGUGUCAGUUUGAGUUUGUGUAUGAGUGUCUUAUGUGCUAGUUUUGAUUAUUUAAUAAAAUCUCCCUCGUUAGAGUUUCACCUUGUUCGAUUCUGCUUGGCCAAACAUUUUAGAGCAGUCUGCACGUAACUGGGCAUUAAAGUGUGUGCAGGAACUUCAUAUGCAGCUGAGGGGAUCAUUGAAUGGCUUAGGGAGAGAAUGUUGUAAGCAAGCCAGUCAUUAAUCACAAAUCAAGAGAAGGAAACCCUGGCCAUCACGAAGUUGCAUUUGGAAAGAAUCAUUGGUGCAAGGGUGGCAGAUUCGGAGUAGCAGAAGGAUUACCUUAGACAAGCAAAUCAGGAAAGGAAUUCGAAAAAGGAAGACUUACCUUCCCUGAGGAUCAACGACUAGCUACUGAGGAGUACAAAAAGCACACUCGGAAUCAAGCGAAGUUACUUUUCUGGAGAUCAAUUGGUACUAGAGUGCAAAGGAGUUUGUAAGAGGCGAUUGAUAAGAAAAGUUACUCUAAUUCAAGAUCAGGAGUGAUUGGGUAUUAGAGGGUGUGUUGGAACACAAGGUAGCUGGAUAUCUGGGUUGGGAGAGUAGUUAUAGACAGUCUCAGAUUAUCCUUCUUGGAGUGGUUGGUUAAUCGUGUCGAGAAGAGUGACUUUAUUUUGGAGCUUCAAAUCAAUCAUACUUAGUGAAUUGGCGAGAAUCACAAAUCAGUGAUCUCUCAUCCGUAGAGUAGUCAGAGUUGGGAUUCAUUUUCUCCCAGCUCUGGAAACCACAUAAAAGUGCAUGUGUCUGUUUGAUUCUUUUCUUUUCAAUCUCUGCUUUUUGUUCUUGCUCUGGUUCUGCAUCUUUAAUUGGUUUCGUUGAGUACAGGGAGACUAAAUUCGAGAAACAGAGAAUAAGAGCUGACUGAUCGAUCUUGAAACGUACAACUUUGUAUAAGCAAGCAAGCAGAAACGACGGGCCUGACUUCGUAUCAUCAAUGGAUCUGGGCUCAAGUGAAUAAGCUCACUAUCCAUAAGCCUGCUCAGUAACAUCUUCUCCGUUGUGUUUACAAUUGAUUAUCGAUCUACAUCAUUUCCAUUUUCAUUCUUCACUUGUUUUAGCAAAAGACAGAGUUAGGGUUCGUAGAGAAAUUGACUAGAAGAGAAGCAGGCAUCUCGCGCUCGAUUCCUGCAACACACUUCGGGUGAGACAGAGGGCCUCCUAGUAGUAGGGAUUCGUCGUUUUUGUUUCACACAAUGAAUGGCGGAGGAGGAAUAUGGUGAAGGAGUUUAUUAGAGGGUAUGGAGUUCCGAUCAGAGACGGUGGAGUUUGCCGGAGCAGUUUGGUAAUCUCUAAGUAUUCUCGUUGGAGCAGUUUGGACCGAGAGCUCGAGCCUCGACGAAGACACUCCUCAGAUUUUCUUUCGUUUUGAUUUUUUUUUUUUGUUUGAGGAUAAAAAUAAAAUGCAGUUAAAAAUUAAAUCAAUUUAAAGUUAAUUACUGGAAAAUAAAACAAGUAGAAAACGGUUGUUGUUUCCCUAGGUGUUUCCAUCUGUUGGGUAGGGUUUCAGUUUGGAAAAUUGUGGGUUGUGAUGGAUCAUGGGCUCGAAAUAAAUACCUGCCAUGUCACAACAGCUCCAUGUGGCCCAAUCAUAUUCAGCGUCACCGGUGUCGCACUUUUUACAGCGACAUUGUAGUAUUGACCUUUAGCAAAUGAAAAGAAUUUAUUUCC